UGAAGGUAACCCUCAUUCUGCCACCGGAUCUACGAGAACGUGGAAGAACCAUAAGAAUCGAAUCUGAUUUCUUAACUUAUUGUCGAAAAUUGCCGCAGAGGAUCUUAGAAAGCUUCACUGUUUUCCAUAAUGUUUCCUUCUCCAGCCCCAGUGCGCAAAUCUUGGAAUUCAUCACCUGAAAGUGUAGAUGACAUGACCCUUGCUCAGAAAAAGAGAACUGCAUUUUCUACUCCUGGAGCUCUUGAUACAACUUCACAUGCCCAUGAACUCAAGAAGAAGGAAAAAGAAUUACUGAAUAUUUUGAAGAAGCAUAAACAUGAAGAUGCAGAUAUUGAUAAAAUCAAAAUCGAUAAGGAACUAGAUGACGCUAUAAACGGCCUCCAGGAUAACAUUGAGAAUGAUAUUGAGAGUUUGAAAGCACACAAAGAAAUGAACCUAUGUCUGAUAAAUAAAAUCAGAAAUGAACACACAGUUCUCAGAGAUGAGAUGCACUACGUCGAGAAACAGCUGGAAUUGGCUAGUUGCAGUGGGCAGAACAAACCCAAGAGCAAAGAGGUCGACCUACUGAACAUGGCAUAUAAUAAAUUGAAUCAGAAGGAGAAAAGCUCAAGAAGGCGCAUUGCUAUUUUGCAAGCUGAGAUUUCCCUCAUAAUAUUAAAGCUAGAUGUGUCAAAUUCUGAGAAGGAAAAGCCUGAUGUUCCUCCUCUUGAUCUGUCAAAACUUGGCGAGUGCAAAGUUUUGCCACCAUUCAAGAAUGCACCAAAAGCACCAAGAAAAGGUAUCAACAUAAAUUCUUUAGCUAAGGAAAACUGUACUGAUAUCAACAUUGGUAACAAGAGGAGAAUGAAGGCUCCAGAACCGAAGAUGUCCAACACUACACCUAUCCUGCAGAAUUAUGAGUUUGUGAGACCAGCUUCUUCUGUAAGAGAUAACAGAAAAAUACAUCCAAAUAAAACUGGUACACUAAAUGGUCAAAGGAACCAGUCUGAUAAGAGGACUGUCAGACAGGUUAUAUACAAGAAUAAGCCAGUGAUUACAAGGAAAGAUGUGGGCACACAAUCAGAGGUUCUCAAGCUCCCUGAUAUUGUUAAAGGAUCUCAAAAGAUGGAUAAAUCCAAAAUUGUACCAAAGCAAUCUUGUGAGUCCAGAAGAACUGCACCAAGGCGUGCAGCUAGGAAACCUACUAUCCAGCAGAGACCAACAUUUUGUUUUUAAAUCCAGUCUACUCCAUUUUCUCACACUCAGAUCACUAAUUUAGAAUUAUUGAACAAUUUUCAGUAUAAAUGCUGAUAUUAGUUUGGCCUAUAUAGAGUGAUUUAUGUAUAUAAUAUAUAUUUUGGUGACUUUUAUGUUUUAAUAUUUUCAGUAUAUAUUUAUAUCUCAGGGAAUCAAAUUCAAAAAAUUUAUCUAUAUCCUGCUCUUUUAUACAUAGCAGUAUUUUUAUGCUAAGUUGUACUAUCUUAGCUUUUGAUUUUUUCUUUAAAUUAAAAUAUUUAAAAAAAAUAAUAUUCUGAACACUAAUUCUAUAAGUCAGAUUGGUUAAUCUUUUCCUUGAUGCCAAACCAUUUAUUCAACCUUCCAUAUUGAACUCUAGAUUAUUGCAAAUCAGAAAUUUAAAAAAAAAUCAAAUUUCUCGUUUCAAAAUCUCAUUACCAGAACUUUUUUUUUUGGUUCAAUCUUUUUAGUUUAUAGUCAUACUAGAUCAAGUGUUAAUGCUUUGCUUACAAGGAUAUGACAACACUUGUUCUUUUCUAUGUUUUGGUAUUAUAUCAUUUAUAGCCAAUGAUUUCUGCCUCCAAAUUUUUGAAGGUGUUCAGCAUCAUAAUGACAAACAAAAGGAUCAUGAAAGGUCUUUAAAACAGAAAUUAGAGCAGAGCAUUUUCAGAUCAUUGUAUAAAGCAAAGCAUGAACAUCUGUAUUUUAACUAUCCUAUACACAAUCAUCUGACAAUCUUCUUUUUUUUAGUCUACAUUUUGUUAAGUUAAAAAUUUUGACAUUUUUUGCAUGUUACUAGUAUAGUUUAAAAUGAUAAAAUCCAACUAUGUUUAUAGUAGAGUUAGAUCUGACACUGUGUAUUAAAUUAUAUUUGAAUUUGGUCAAGUUGAAAGACUACUGUAUUACAUCAGUUUAUUGAGUCUGAUAUGUAGGGGCUGCCCUUCUGGCAAAAGUAGGUCACUGAGAUCUAACUUUUAUUCAUGUUUAAAUCAGAUUAAAUUCAAUUUAAAUCCAAAAAUAAGUCUAUAUCUUUCAUAUUUUGUUUAGUGGGGGAGAAAAAGGGCUUUCAUAUUUUUCUCAUUUUUUUUAAGAUACUGGUGAAAAACUGCAUUGCUCUAAAAACUAUUCAUCAAAAAUUAAAUUUUACCAAAACAGCACAGAAUUAAAUUGUGCAUCAGUACUACAUGAUUUGGAGACAGGGUGCGACCUCUUGUUUGCAUGAUAAAGUCGUAAGUCACUGGCGUGUAUGGAAUAAGACCGUAAACUUGACCUGCUACAAAUCAGAUAGUUAACAUUUGUUUUUGGCUUCAAAAUUUUCUUUGAAAUGGUAGGGGUUAGAUCUGGUAUUUUGGUCUGGGAUUCUUAAUUUUCUUUUUAAGAGUGAGGGUGUGAUCCGGUAUUUUGGUCUGGGAUUCAAAAAAUUUCUAUUUGAGAUCAUUUCAGCAAGAGCAAUGUGGUUUAUGCAUCAUUUUGGAUUUGUAAAUUCAGAUUCAAAAAUGUUUAAAAACUUUUUUUUUUUAAAUUGGACUUUUUAAAAAACAGAUCUGUAUUUUGUUUUGUCAGAUAGAAAUUUUGCAAAUGAACACUAUUUUAUGUAAUUUUUUUUUCAUAUUUGAUUGAAUAUUUUUCCUGUUAUUAAAACUGUUUAAACUUUUUACUCAGAUCUUGAACUUCAUUCCAUGUUAUUUUUUUUCUUUGUUCUGGAGGGAAGUGCAAUUAUAUUCUUUGGUUAAUUCAUUUUUUUUUCUUACUUUUUUUCAAGGGAAUAAACUAAUUGUUUAUUAUAUUAAAGGUGUCUUUGAUAUUGAUUAAGCUGAAUUUUUAGCAAUACAAAUCAUAAUCUGAAAUGGAUUCUCUCAUAAUUUUUUCUCAUCU